AUGCCUGGAUUGACAGCUUACAGCUCCUUGUACGAGAUUGGAAAACCAAAGGAAGGAGAGGUGAUCUUCAUUUCCUCUGCUGCCGGUGCGGUGGGACAGAUUGUCGGCCAGCUAUCCAAACACGAAGGCUUGACCGUCAUCGGCUCCGUUGGAAGCGAUGAGAAGCUCAACUUCAUCACUACAGACCUGGGCUUCGAUAGCGGUUUCAACUACAAAAAAGAGAAGCCGCUCGACGCACUCAAACGGCUGGCUCCGGAUGGCAUCGACAUCUACUACGAUAACGUCGGAGCCGAGCAUCUCGAGGCCGCCCUUGAGAUGCUGAGGAACAAUGGACGAAUUGUUGGAUGUGGAAUGGUCUCGCAGUACAACGCACCCCCGGAUCAGAGAUAUGGAAUCAAGAACCUGUUCCAUAUGAUUCCGAAGAACCUUACGUUCAGGGGUUUUAUUGUGGGCUCACCGGAGUUGGGACCGAAAUAUGCGAAGGAGCAUCAGCAGAAACUUAGUCAGUGGCUUGCUGACGCAGUUUCACGGCCAGAUUUUCCGAGACGGAGGGCAUUGAGAAUGGUCCACAAGGAUUCGUUGGCAUGCUGA